AAGUCAAAUAAAAAGAACGAAAUCGAACGAAAUCACAAUGAAUGAUUCUGAAAUGAAUGUACGUGCAAUCUUAGUAAAAAUUGAAAAUCAACUAAGUGGAAAAAGUCGUCGAGAAUUACAGUUUGUACUCGGUACAAGUGUUUCACGUAGAGUACGUGAGGAUAAAUCUGAUUCAUCGAUAUUAGAUUUAUUUGAAGAACUCUUUGACCGUUCAAAAAUAUCGAAUGGUGACUUGUCCUACUUGAUACGUGCAUUUGAAAUUAUCGAAUGUCAUAAUACAGCAAAUUUUCUAAGACAGCACCACCAAGAGAACUCGCAACUUGCCAUCACUCCACCCUCAGUUCCACCUACUUCAUCUUCUUCAAACAAUACUGCUUCUCUUUGCGAACAAUUACUUAGCGAUUUAGAAGAGGACAAUGCUACAUUUAAAAUCAACGACCAAUCUCCCGUUUCGCAACCUACACCCACAGUUCCAUCAUCGGCUGAAACACCAUCAUCAAUAGUGCCGUCAACAUAUAAAGGACCCAAGCAAACCCACGACCGCCUACGGACGGCUAAGUGUAAAUGUAUAUGUAGUGCAGCAUUUCUAACUUUUGAAGAGCAGGCAAAACGGCAUUGUACAGAACGUCAAGCCUGUCCAAAAUGUCUUGGAUACUUUACAUGGUCAGAAAAAUAUACACUUUUUUGGAGAUAUCAAUGA